AUGGCGCGAGCAUCGAAACCUUUAAUAUUAGCUAUUGCAUCCCAAGACUCUGCAUCGUUUUUUCGGGACCGUAGUCUUGGUUCAGAUUCUCCCAUAUCUGGGAUUGAUUGCCUUGCUCACUUUGUUGAUGCUCUUUCUCACAUUCAUGAUUUAAGCAACCUUAAGAAACAGGAGAUGCAUGAUCAAAGCUUUGGAUCGGAUGGCACUAAGCAAAUAUUUCAAGUAGUUCCAUCAAGGUACCAUGAAGAAGACUGCUGCAUCAAUGUUGCUGUUGAUUGCUUUCAUCAACACCAAGCUGCUGCGCUCUGUCAGUCUACCAAUAACUGUGUCAGCAUGGAUAUGACAAAUGACAUCGUGUGGCUCACCAUAGCACUUGCUUCCAUCACCGUGGUAAUUACCAAGGCUAAAAGGAAAACAGCUAAGCUUGAUCCAAAAUGCAUUAGGAUGCCUCCACCAGCAGUGAAGGGUCUUUCUAUCAUUAGAAUUUUGCAUACACUUCUUACGAAAGGUCUGCAACAAAUGAUCCAUGAUCAAUAUAAAAAGUUGGGGAGUGUGUUCACAGUACGUUUCUUUAGAAUGAAGGCAACGUUCUUGAUUGGGCCAGAGGUCUCUGCUCAUUUUUAUCAAGGCACCGAUUAUGAGAUUAGCAAUGGUGUUGGCCUCGAGUUUACUGUACCCAUGCUUGGCAAAGAGGUUGGCUAUGGCGUGGACAGUGCCACCCGAAAUGAGCAGUUUCGUGUCUUCUAUGAUGUUCUAAAACCAUCAAAGUUGAGGAGCCAUUAUGGUUCCAUACUUCAAGAAGUGGAGGUAAGUUGGGAGAAGAUGCUUGAUGAGUUCUUUACUCUGUUCCAAGAACUCACCGAUAAAUUCUUCCCAGACGUCCCAACUCCAGCAACUCGACGACGUGACAUAGCACGUGCCAAGCUCUCAGAGAUGCUCACUGAAAUUGUGAGAUCACGCAAGGAAUAUAGCCAUGUUGAGAAUGACGUGCUGCAGAACUUUAUUGAUUUCAAAUAUAGUGAUGGUCGGUCUACAACAGAAUCAGAGGUCAUUGGAUUGAUGAUUACUUUGAUCCUUGCAGGAAAACAUACAAGCACCAUCACUAGUAUAUGGACAGGUGCUCACUUGCUUGCUAGUGCAAGGAUCCUGAAAUCUGUCCUCGUGGAGCAAAAGAUAUUAAUCAGUAAGUAUGGGGAUCAUUUAGACUAUAAUGCCUUUCUAGAGAUGGACACCUUGCAUAAUUGCAUCAAAGAGACGCUACGCAUCCAUCCUCCAGUUGCUAUAUUUCGUCGCAAGGUACAUAAGAACUUCAUUGUACAGACAAAGGAUGGUAUUGAAUAUGAGAUCCAUAGCGGGCAUACCUUAGUAAGCCCAGUGAUAUUCAAUAACAAUUUACCUCACAUUUAUAAGGACCCAGAUGUGUAUGACCCAGACCGAUUUGGUCCUGGAAGAGAAGAAGACAGAGUUGGUGGUAAGUUUGCUUACACGUCAUUUAGUGGUGGAAGGCAUGCUUGCAAAGGCGAGUCAUUUGCUUAUUUGCAAAUUAAGGUGAUAUGGAGCUAUUUGCUAAGAAACUUUGAGCUAAAAUUGAAUCUCCUUUUCCUGAUCCUGAUUGGACCAAGCUAG